CGGCGGCCAGACAAAGAUGAGGAUCGGGACGGCUUGAAAGUGGGGGAAAGUGCCGGCGCCUCCGCCACCGGGGAAAGCCGCUCCGCAGAGCCGAGGCCAUUCGCCACCCGAGACACCUGGGGGAGCCGGGAGCCAGCACUGGGGCGCGCGGCCCGGGGCAUGAGGCUGUGAAGGCCACCCCUCCCCACCCCACCCCCGGCAGCCCAGCGCCAGGCCGGCGAUCAUCCAAGGACUUGACCGGCUGAGUCUUGGUCCGGACCGGACUCGCCCGGCGGCGGCCGAGAUAAGAGGCGGAGCGCAGCAGCGGGGCCCGGGGGCCCGAGGGCCGGGGGCCCAAAGGGAGGGCAGGGCGGCCCGAGCCGCCGGGGCGCUAUGAUGGUGCACUGUGCCGGCUGCGAACGGCCCAUCCUCGACCGCUUUCUGCUGAACGUGCUGGACCGCGCGUGGCACAUCAAAUGCGUUCAGUGCUGCGAGUGCAAGACGAACCUCUCGGAGAAGUGCUUCUCGCGCGAGGGCAAGCUCUACUGCAAAAAUGACUUCUUCAGGCGCUUUGGCACUAAGUGUGCGGGCUGUGGGCAAGGCAUCUCGCCCAGCGACCUGGUGCGCAAGGCCCGCGGCAAAGUGUUCCAUCUCAACUGCUUCACCUGCAUGGUGUGCAACAAGCAGCUGUCCACGGGCGAGGAGCUCUACGUCAUUGACGAGAACAAGUUCGUGUGCAAGGAUGACUACCUGAGCUCCUCCAGCCUCAGGGAGGGCAGCCUCAACUCAGUGUCAUCCUGUACGGACCGCAGUUUGUCCCCGGACCUCCAGGACCCUCUCCAGGACGACCCCAAGGAGACGGACAACUCGACGUCGUCGGACAAGGAGACGGCCAACAACGAGAACGAGGAGCAGAACUCGGGCACGAAGCGGCGCGGCCCGCGCACCACCAUCAAAGCCAAGCAGCUGGAGACGCUCAAGGCUGCCUUUGCCGCCACGCCCAAGCCCACGCGCCACAUCCGCGAACAGUUGGCGCAGGAGACCGGCCUCAACAUGCGCGUCAUCCAGGUGUGGUUCCAGAACCGACGGUCCAAAGAACGCAGGAUGAAACAACUGAGCGCGCUGGGCGCCCGGAGACACGCCUUCUUCCGGAGUCCGCGGCGCAUGCGUCCGCUGGGCGGCCGCUUGGACGAGUCUGAGAUGUUGGGGUCCACUCCGUACACCUACUACGGAGGUAAGGCCCCCCCCCCCACCUCGGAACGCGCUGCCCUACACCCAGGCCCGUGCCGUUCUGGGGGUUGAGGACGCAGGUCCGGAUCCCGGGCGCCGUUGGCCGCCAGGGACGCCCUCCCCCCCUUCUACUCGCGCGGGACGUACAUACACCAUCACGAACACACCUUAACAGACGCACAGCAACGUAGGCGUGUGCACUCUCCUACUCCUGGACCCCAAAUCAGACACCCAUACAGCGACACACACAGAUGAACACCCACGCACCCACGCAGGACUCAUGGGUACACUCCCUUGCACACACACUGGAGUUCAGAGACCCCGUGGACACAAAUCUAGACACAUGAUCCCACACAACAACACACAGGUGGGUGCCACUCUCCAGUUACAUUCAAUGACAAAUAUACCCAAAGAAACGCACAGGCUCACACACCCCCAAGCGUCAUGCCAAGGCGAGCGCUGACAAAUCCA